GUGACGUCAGCGCGCACCAUGACCUCCGCCACUCCGUCCGCAGCAGCAGAACCUCCAUCAGCAAGGAAAGCGCCUGUCAGAAACGACACAAAUAGCAUCUUAUCGGUAGACUGUUCACAUUCAUCAACAGAUAUGGAAGCGGCGUCCUCCUCCCCCAGUCAGUGCAGUUAUGAUGACUACAAGGAGACAGCAGACUGGCUGCUGGAAAACACAAAGCAGCGUCCUAAAGUGGCCAUCAUCUGUGGUUCAGGCCUGGGCGGUCUGGCUGAUCUGCUGGACAACAAGACUGUCUUUCCCUAUAAGGACAUCCCACGUUUCCCCACCAGCACUGUGCCAGGUCAUGCCGGUCAGCUGGUGUUUGGGAAGCUGCAGGGUCGCGAGUGUGUCUGUAUGCAGGGGAGAUUUCACUUCUACGAGGGCUACAACAUACACAUGGUGACGUACCCAGUGCGAGUCUUCUUCCUGCUGGGUGUGGAAACUCUGAUUGUUACAAACGCAGCGGGGGGACUCAAUGGCAGCUACAGUGUGGGAGACAUCAUGCUCAUUAAGGAUCACAUCAACAUGCCUGGUUUUGCAGGGCAGAACCCACUUUGUGGGCACAAUGAUGACAGGUUUGGAGUGCGCUUCCCUUGCAUGUCAGAUGCGUAUGACCAUCAGUUGAUGGCCCUGGCCAAGCAGACAGCAGUGGAGCAGGACUGCGACGGCUUCCUGCAGGAGGGGGUUUAUUGUAUGCUGGCUGGACCGACAUAUGAGACCAUUGCAGAGUGCAGAGUCCUGCAGAUACUGGGGGCUGAUGCUGUGGGCAUGAGCACAGUCCCAGAGGUGGUGGUGGCUCGUCACUGUGGCUUGCGUGUCUUGGGUCUGUCCCUCAUCACCAACAAAGUUGUGACAGAUUACGACAGCAAUGAGAAAGCAAACCACGAAGAGGUGCUGAAGACCACCCAGCGCCGAACCGAGGACCUCCAGAGGCUCGUCAGCCACCUCAUCACCAAGAUCUAGUACUUUCAACUGAAAUCUGUCGGCACAAAAAAAAAAAAAAAAAAAAAAAAAGAUUUCCAACCUCCAAAGUGAUUGGUGACGUGAUAAUCAUAGCUUUGACCAAAAGGUAACAUGUAUGUGCAAAUGGUGAUGGUGGGUUGUACAAGUUGGGUGAAUAGGUUCUUAGUCAAUACUGGGUAAUGUGGUUAACCAGGGGAGGGAGGGAGAUGUUUCUGAAGUUGAGAGCAGACUCUUUUUUAAAAAUGAAUGUCAAUAUGUCACUUACUGUAGAGACAUGCAUAAUAGUUGGACACAUCCCAAGCAUUUGAUCAAUGUUGAAAAGGCUGGUUUGCUAUUGAUUGUUAUCAUAUCAAGACUUUCACAAAUGAGGAAAUGUUAGACUGGAUCUAGUCCCCAUGAGUCACAUACAUGGAGACCUUACAGUCGGAGCUGCUGGCCUAGCCAACAACAACAUGAUGGUGUUGUGGUAUUUAUAAAGUGAAAGCAACAAGGAGCCAGUUAGCCAUUGAGUUAAAAGUUUUAAAAUACGGCAAGGAUUGCUUUUUUUAUUUGGAUUUUGACAUUCUUUGAUUUAGCACUGUCCAGGCCCUUUGGGGCAAGUAGUGGGCUAAUGAUUAGUGAUUCGAAGGUACGCCAUUUUUAACACCUCAAGAGUAACUUAACAUCAGGCAGAAAAGCUUUCACAGGCCUGUUGCACCUGUUGCCACACCCAACAAUGACUGAUGCACUGACACACCCUCGUCAGCAUGACUGCAGCAAGGUGAGAAAUUAAGCCAAUGCAGGCCAGAAAAAAAAAACCAAGAUUUUCAGGAGCUGCUAUUUGCUCUUUAAUAAUAAAUGGCACACAUGAAUCAUUGGAUGUGGAAACCAGGGUAAGGAAAUGCGGGGAGACUUUGUUUCAGAAUGACAAUUAUAAUGGGUGUCUCUGAACUCCUCGAGUGACAUAUUGACUUUUGUUGUGUUUGUUUGAAUCUAAAUUGAGUAUUGCAGUGGCUGAGAAUAUGUCUAAUAAUUAAAGUAUACCAGUCUGUUAUUUAAAAUGACCAUGAUCUCAUAUAUCCCAGAUCAUGGAUCACUAAUUGUACUAGGAACACUGUGGUGGCUACUGUCUCUAUGCUGCAUUAGAGCUGUAGGGUUGUUGAGGCUUGCCCUGUUCUGCCUGCUAGAGUUGGCGUGGCAGCGCACAAAAAGACUGGGACUCCUCUGAUAGCUGAACCUGAAUAUCUGAGUGCAUCUAAACAGUGCGAUGAAUACGAGACAACUUUAUAGUCAGUUUAUGCAACUGACUGUUAAUGGCUACUACUGGACACAUGCAGCCUCUAGAUAUACUGAGAUGAUUGUGUCGUAAUCUUUACGAUCACUGGGUAUCAUCCUGUUGUCGUUGAUGGAGACUCAGCAAAAUGAUUUGUUUUUCACACCUCUUCUUUUAUUGAUUGUCUGUUAUAACGGUUUACACGUUGUUACUGAAAAUGUAUUAACCUUCCAUUACUUAUAUACUUAUAUUUGUUACAUGUACACAUGCUAUAUGUCUUAUAUGCCUUUAGCAAGAGCAAUAUAUAGCAACUACCAUCUAUCAGCUUGAUGUAUUCGGGGGCGCUGUGCACUUAUGGACUGGUCUCCGUGUUAGUGCAGGGCUUAAGAAAACAGCCCAUUAACCAAGCAGGGGUUAUUCAUUUCUUACAAGUGAAUCCACAUAAUAAUAGCUGCUAAUGAGAGAGUAUAGAAUAAUGCUUGUGAUCAAACAGGAUCACUGGGACCAACUGGCAUCUACUGUCCUUUAUUUUGUGAUUGCUUGUUAUUACUGAUGCACAAAUACUUAUUUUAGCUACAAAUCAAAGUAGGUUUAUUUACAUUCUUCUAUGAACAAAUCAGAGCUGUUUAUUUUUGAAGCAGACAAAUUGCUUAUUUUAACUAUUUAAUGUAUUUAUCGAUGGAAAAAAAAGUGAGAAAAUGCCAGUGGCAUGUCAAUCUAAAUCCUCGUCGGUUCUCCGACAAAAAGAAGGAUCUCUGAAGAAAGAAAUCAAGUUUCAGCUGAAUCAGUGUCUGAGAAGCCUGUCCAAUAGUGGAGAGAUCAUAACUUUAGUGAUCUCAUAGAUCAGUUGAUUUGUAUAUAGAAACCUAAUGAAUCCCGAUGAAAAUAUAAUAUAAUCUGAAAGGUUUUUCUGUGGCGGAUUGCAUUUGUAUCCAUUUUAUUUGCACAACUAGAGACCGUAACACUGUAAUAUCAGGGAGGGUUAUAAUACCCGGGCCUGCAGUUUUCAAUUUUCUUUGCGCUGAUCUGGGACCUCCUGCCAGGUUCCCUUGACCGUCUCAUUCAUUAGAGCUCGAAUGGCCGGAAAAGUCCUAGAUCAGCAGUCCACCUCUUAGACCAUUUGUAUCAGGCUAAACAUCAAGAUGCUAAUGCAAGUCUUGAAGGGGAAUUCCACUCUGAACAAAGCCUUCCAUCAUCGAAAUGUAAAAUCUGGAGCUGCUCCAUACACAAUAAACAAACUUAUUUAUACACAGUGAA